GAGAGAGCGAGCAAGAACUAAGUUAUUUCACGCUUAUUUGUUUAUUUAUUAUCAUUAUUAUCAUUUAACAUUGAAAUUACACAUUUAAGUAUGCAAGUACGCAUGCGCGCAAAAUACCCCAUUCACUUUUCACGGCCAAAAAGCCCACGUGUCCUGCUGCGUUCACAGCUGAUCGCAGUUCAUUAAAUAAUAAUAAUAAAAAAAAGGUCCACCAGAAAACGAACCAGGAAUAAAAGUGCAGUGUGAAAUAAAAAACUAAUACACAUAUAUACAAAGAAAGAAAAUGUGUUGAAAACAGUCACGUGACUCCUCCGUCUUUUCUGUGAUGAGAGCGAGCGGAACCGCUCAGCACGUUUCACAUCAAGUCUAUGAAGAGUGGCAUCCAAAUCCCACCAUGCUGAAGCAUUAAAAACCCAAACCUGGAAUAUCAUCAUCCUCAUCAUCCUCAUCAUCCUCAUCAUCAUCAUUAGAUUUGUUCUUCCAUGGAGCGGCGAGAAGAGCGCACGCGACGAGAUGAUGUGAUGGUGUGAUGUGAUGUGAUGUGAUCUGAACUCAUCCAUCUGCGCGCAUUCCCCCCCCCCCCCCCCACACACACACAAGUAGUUUUUCUUUUUUUCAAGGAGAGAAAGAAAGAAAGAAAAAAAAAGAAAGGAUGGAGAUGAAGAUCUGGCUGGAACCCAAACACCGAUAGCGUCGGAGGAGAUUUUUCGGGGCGGAAAAAAAAUGUGUGUGUGUAUAAUAAUGAUCAUUAUUAAUACAAUAAUGCGUGGAAAAUGCGUGAAAAAUGCGUGAGAGUUGUUAUUUUCUCCGUGCGCGCGUUUUCCAAAUAACGCAGCGCACAGAAGCCGGAACUUUGCUCACACCACCCUGAGAGCGCAGGUCUUCCCACUAAGGAGACUUCUUCAGCUGGAGGAGCAUCUUGAUGGAGCGCGCAGGCUUGUAGUGCAUUACGAUCAACCACACACAUAUACACACACACACACACACACACACACACACACACAUACCAGGACACACACACAGGAUUCCGACAGGAUCUCAGGGAUGUUGUUUGGGAUGUUUGGGAUCGGGAGGAGAAAGCUGUUCGGGAUCAUCUCCAUGCCGCUCCUCGUGGCUCUGAUGGUCUGCGCUCAGAGCGCCAAUGAACCAGGCAACAUGUCUUUCGUAAAAGAAACAGUGGACAAGCUCCUGAAAGGAUAUGACAUCCGUCUUCGUCCUGACUUUGGAGGUGCGCCGGUGUCAGUGGGGAUGACCAUCGAUGUGGCCAACAUAGACAUGGUGUCUGAAGUCAACAUGGACUUCACUCUGACGAUGUAUUUCCAGCAGUACUGGAGGGAUAAACGCUUGGCGUACUCAGGGAUUCCUCUGAACCUCACCCUGGAUAACAGAGUGGCUGAUCAGCUCUGGGUUCCUGACACCUACUUCCUGAACGAUAAGAAGUCCUUCGUCCAUGGAGUGACAGUGAAGAACCGCAUGAUCCGCCUUCACCCAGACGGAACGGUUCUGUAUGGGCUGAGAAUCACUACGACUGCUGCUUGCAUGAUGGAUCUGAGGAGAUACCCGCUAGAUGAACAGAACUGUACCCUGGAGAUUGAGAGCUAUGGCUACACGACAGACGAUAUUCAGUUCUACUGGAAAGGAGGAGACAACGCCGUAUCCGGUGUGUCCCAAAUCGAGCUUCCGCAGUUCUCCAUUGUGGACUACAAACUGGUGUCCAGGAACGUCGUCUUCUCCACAGGAGCUUAUCCACGCCUGUCACUCAGCUUUAAGCUGAAGAGGAACAUCGGCUACUUUAUCCUGCAGACCUACAUGCCUUCCAUCCUGAUCACCAUCCUGUCCUGGGUCUCCUUCUGGAUUAACUACGAUGCCUCAGCAGCGAGAGUGGCUUUAGGUAUCACGACUGUCCUCACCAUGACCACCAUCAACACCCAUCUUCGAGAGACGCUGCCCAAGAUCCCAUACGUUAAAGCCAUAGAUAUGUACCUGAUGGGCUGCUUCGUCUUCGUCUUCUUAGCACUGCUCGAAUAUGCCUUCGUCAAUUAUAUCUUCUUCGGACGAGGCCCUCAGAUGCAGAAGAAGAUGGCAGAGAAGGCGGAGAAAGCCAACAACGACCGAAACAAAUACGACGGAAACAAGUCUGUUCAGGAGGGAGGGAAUUGCAAAGCGUCAGGACUUAAACAGUCCAAUCAGGUACAAGGUCACCGUCACUCACGAGGGGUGGACUCUCAGGGGAACAUCCUGCUGACCACGCUGGAGAUCCAUAACGAAGUGGCCGGAAACGAGAUCACCACCAGCGUCAGCGAUGGCAGGAACUCCACCUCGGUCAUGUUGGAUAACUCAGGGAUCCAGUACCGGAAGGCGAGCGGGCCGAGGAGGCACAGCCAGGAGAGAAACGCUCAGCCCAAAAAGGCUCGACUGCGCAGACGCUCUUCACAGCUGAAAAUCAAAAUCCCAGAUCUCACGGACGUCAACGCCAUCGAUCGAUGGUCACGGAUAAUCUUCCCUGCCGUCUUUUCCCUUUUUAAUCUCAUCUACUGGCUUUACUACGUCAAUUAAACCGCCCCUGCGAGCGUCCUUUUUCUUUUCUUUCCUUAUUUUUUUAAGGACUUAAGGAUUUUUUUUGAGGAUUUUUUCUACACUUCUGUCCCCACAGACAGCGUUCACACUUACAGACAAAUUCUUAUAAAAAACAGACAAAUCUGAUCCGUAACGGACUCAAGGAAUUUUAUAGACAUUUUGAAGUCGCGAGACUUCCGCAUGAUGCGAUUACACACUUUAUAUCGACUCAUAUCAGCCUGCAUUAACAAGAAAAAGAGAGAGGAGAUGAAAUGAAAUGAGAAAAAAAAGAAUAAAAGAGAUGAGAUUAAAUGAGUUGAUAGGAGAAGAGAGGAGAAGUGAAGAGAAUCAGAUGAGAGUAGAUAUGACAAAGAGAUAAAAGGAGACAAUAUGUGAGAAGAGGAGAAAACAAUUGAAAACAAAACAAAAAAGAGAUAGGGUGAGAAGAGAAGAGAAGAGAAGAGAAGAAGAGAAGAGAAGAGAAGAAGAGAAGAGAAGAAGAAGAGAAGAGAAGAGAAGAGAAGAGAAGAGAAGAGAAGAGAUUAAAUGAAAUGGGAGGAUAUGAAAAGAGAAGAUAGGAGAUGAGACAUAAGGAGAUUUGAUGAAAUGAGAGGAGUAAAGACAAAGAUAUGAGAGUAGACAAUAUGAGAAAAAGAAAGAGAAAUGAAAAAGAGAAGCCAAGAAAUGGGAUAGCAUAGGAUGGGUAAAGAAAAGUGAAGAUAGGGUAGGAGAGGAGAGGAGACUAGAAAUGAGGAGUAAAGACAAAUAGAUGAGAGGAGACAAGAUGAGAAAGAAGAGAAGAGAAAAUAAGAGAUUAAAUGAGAAGAUUGGUGCAGAGAGAAGAAGUAAACAUAAGAGAUAAGAUGAGAGGAGAUAAGACAAAGAGAUGACAGGAGGCCAGAUGAGAUGAGAUGAGAUGAGAUGAAAUGAGAGAAGACAAGAUGAGACAAGAUUAGAUGAGAGAAGAUGAGAUGAGAUGAGAUGAGACGAGAUGAGACGAUUGGGGAAGAGAUGAGAACAGAAGAGAUUAGUUGAGUUGAUUAGUUAACAGGGUAGCAGAAAGAUAAAGAUAUCAAAGAGAAGUGACAUGAUGAGAGAAGAGAUUCAAUGAAAGUAAAUGAGAGGAUAGGAGAAGAGAAGUGAAGAUAGGAGGCAAAGAAGAGAAGAUUAAAAGAAAUGAGGAGUUCAAACAAAUAGAUGAGAGGAGCCAGGACAAGAAGAAAAGACAGAAUAGAAGAUGAAAGGAUAAAAUACAAAAAGUGAUGAGAUGAAACAGAAUGAAAGGAGAGACCUUGAGAGACAAUGAGACGAGGGGAGAAAAGAGUGAAUUUUGUAGAAACGAAUGGGAAACAUUGUGAUGGCUGGAAUGAGGUGUGUAUGAGAGCGAACGUUGGAAAUGCAAUACGGCGUGUGUUUCAGGGCUUUUCAGCGCUGCCUGUUUCUCCAUCAGCAGUUCUGUUGAUUUUUGAUGAAAUAAUUCGUAUGUGAUCACGUAUGAAUGGAAUAUUUGUAUAUAGACGUUCUGUUCCUUUAAGUUUCGGUUUGAGGACAUGAUUGCUCACACACUCGGUGUAAACUCGCUAUAUUUCGCUUCCUUUAUGACUCGAGUGUGUGAGGAAAAGGGGCGUGUCCGAAUCAGGGCUGAUAUUUAUGCAUUAUCUUUAUUCUUCUUUCUUUUGGGAACACGAGUUCUCUGGAACGAGUAUGUUACUAGCAUUUAGCAUGUGUGUUUUUAAUUCCCACGCCGGUUUUUAGUCAGUGUUUGAGUGGAAUAAUCUCAGCGUAGGCCUUAUGUAAAUCUCCCUGCUCCACCUUUCAAUUUCCUUCUCCGUUCAAUUUUUCUUUCUUUCUAUUUAAUACAGGCUAAAAGAAUUCCCUCUUUUUUUCAUUUCUCUGGUUUUGACAGCACCACGUAAUCAUCGAUCAUUAGAAGGAUUUGUCUCAGGGUGUUCAUCCGAGAUGUUUCUGAUUAUUAUAUCAGUAUUCGGUGUGCUGUGAUUAAUUUGUACUAUAACCCACAUGUACGCUGAAAGAACAAUGGCAUGUUAUUGUUUAUAUCUUCAGAACUCCGUCUGAUUGUAUUCCGUCUCGCUUUUGGAAAUAGCUUCGCUUCAGGGACCAAUGGCGUACGAUGUCUAACAAAAGGGUCGCGUCAUUUUAUUAACGCCGCGUCACGUCUGCACUUACGUCACGUCGGCGGUUGACCCUUCGUUUGUUUGAGGCUUCGUUUUGAUUUCUAUAAGAUGUUGUAAAUACGUGACGAAAUUCCCAGAUACUCUUCGUUUUUAUUUUAUUUAUAACCACCAGAUUCAACCUGUUUUUUUUUUUCUUCCCCAUCACAUCUCUAUGAACAGUGUUUCUAAAUCAGUAGAUCUGUGUGGGAUGGGGAUGAUAAGGGCAUUGGUUUCAAAUAAUAAAAUUUACUCUUUCAAGUCUA